AUGUACAAAAACGACUUUAUUGGAGAGGCAACAAGAAUGUUGUUCGGCAAGAGAUCGAGUGUAUCGAGCACACAUUCGGAACAAUCCCAACCAUCACAACAACAACAACACGAUAUUAAACAAGCAAUGAAUGUUGUUGAACAAAUAACUAAUUUAAUGUAUACUAUUGAUCAGGCUGUUCAACGUAUUCAAUUAUCAAUUUCUAUCAUUCCUUCGAUAGAUGCCUUGAAGGGUGAUAUUGCAGAGGGAUUAUCAGAAUCGGAGAAGAAAAUUGGAGAGUUGGAAAGAUAUUGUGAGGAGAGAAUUAAACAACCAACUGGUACUGAUGCUGAUGAAAUUGGAUUAGGAAGAAUAUUGGAAAAAACAACAAACUUGAAGAAACAAUUAUCUAGUUUGCAAGUGAAAUUUAGAAAGGCUGUACAAAUAUAUAGUAAUAAGGAAAAUGAAUCGAAAUUAAAGAGAGAAAAAUUGGUAGGAUUUGAAAAUGUUCAAAUAUCAAGAAAGAUAUCAAGACAAAGUGAAACAAUCAACCAUGCUUAUCAAGGAUUUGAAAUGGAAGGAAAGAAGAGAUCACUUUAUCACUAUUGGAUGCUUUUUAUUCUACUUAUUGGUUGUAUUGAUAGUAUUUAA